CUUCUUUUCAUCAUGGCCGCGUCCAGGAUCUCACGAUACACGUGAUCAUUUGCUCCAUCGUGCUUCUGCCACGUAAGAGUUUAGACCCAGUCCUUGGACAUCCACGCUUGGCCUGUACGGACAUCGGUUGGGGACAAUAUAUCUUCAUGGCUCUGAACUUCGUCUCCGUUGUGAUUCUAACAGCAUUUCUUCCCUUGAUUCUCCUGAAAAUGGUUUUCCAUUGGCACAGAAAGACUGGAAGAAGGAAGACAGUGGGAUUCUUUCACCCAUACUGCAAUGCAGGAGGGGGAGGUGAAAAGGUGAUGUGGUGUGCUAUCAAUGCGCUGCAAAAGAAAUAUCCAAAGUGGGAAUUCGUGAUCUACACUGGAGAUGUGGAAAGCCCACCCAACCUAAUUCUCAAGAAUGCCAAGGAAAGGUUCAACAUUUCACUGGAACGAGGAGUCACCUUUGUUUACCUACGAACAAGAUUCUUAGUGGAAGCCAAAAUGUACCCAAUAUUCACCCUUCUUGGGCAAAGUAUAGGCUCUGUCAUUCUUGGGUUAGAGGCAUUGUUCAGGUUCCUUCCAGAUGUGUAUGUGGACAGCAUGGGAUAUGCCUUUACCUUCCCUCUGUUCAAGUACAUUGGAGGAUGCCACAUUGCUUGUUAUGUUCAUUAUCCAACAAUCAGCACAGACAUGCUACAUCUGAUCCAGUCAGGUGCAGCUACGUACAACAACCGUGCUGUUGUUUCCAGGAGUCCACUACUCAGCCGAUGCAAGCUCAUAUACUAUCAAUUCUUUGCUGCCAUCUAUGGGUUUGUUGGGUCCAGAGCUGAUCUCAUCUUGGUUCACCUGGUCUAUCCACCUUGUCAGACAGAGGAACUUUCAUCUCUCCCCCUUCUCAAUGAUGAUGAAAAGCCAAGAUGGGACAUCGUGUCUGUGGCUCAGUUCCGACCUGAGAAGAAUCAUGAGCUGCAAUUAAGAGCCUUCAAAUGCCUGUUGGAAAAAGCAAAAGCAUUAAAGAUGAAAACAGAGAAUCUUCACUUGAUUCUGAUUGGUGGAUGUCGGCAUGCAGAAGAUGAGAUGAGAGUGAAUCUUCUCAAGGAUCUGGCCAAGACCCUUGACAUUGAUGAUCAGGUCCAAUUUCAUCUCAAUGUUUCCUUCUCAGAACUUAAGGAGGCCUUCCAGAAUGGCACCAUUGGCCUUCAUACCAUGUGGAAUGAACAUUUUGGAAUUGGAGUUGUGGAUGGGAUGGCAGCUGGCCUUAUCAUGGUGGCUCACAAUUCAGGAGGCCCCAAGAUGGACAUUGUAAUCAGUCAUGGAGGGAACAGAACUGGAUUCCUUGCUGAUGAUGAAGAAUCCUUUGCUGGUGCCAUCCUGGAAGUGAUGAAAAUGAGCUCAGAGGAGAAGCGUACUAUUCAGCUGGCUGCCAGGCAAGUUUUCCCCUUGUGGAGGGAGUCAGUGGAGAGAUUCUCCAUGGCUCGUUUUGAGGAAUCCAUCUUGAACUGCUUCAGGAUGCUUCUCUCUGAGUGAAAAUAUGGGUUUGUUUUCCAAGAUCUGUGAUCCAUUGAACCAGUUUAUAUAUUUCCACAUUUUCCACAUGGAUUUUUGUUGUGAUUAGGAGUUGAAUGAGAAUGAAAUGAUAAUUUAAUCCUGA